ACAUGUAAGCAUCCAAAAUAAAAAAGUGGUGGAAUUAUAAACUCCGGUUUGAGCUGUACCGGCUCCAUCUCCUGGUAGACCAAUUUUUCAAGGGUUGUUUGUUACAGUACGCACACCAAAUUUUGAAAUUUGUGUAUGCAUAUCGAUUCUACAAGUGAAGAAGCAUGUAUUCGAGUUCGAGCCAGUUCGACGGCAACGCAGCCUUCUCUGGAGGCGGAUUUAUGCCUUCUCAGGCCACUCAGGCCACUGAUCCUUCAUUGGUUACCUCCAAGAAUCGCGAUGCUCAGUCCUUGCUUCCUCUAACAGUGAAGCAAAUAUACGAUGCGCUUCAAACAAACGAUGAUAAAGCCAAUUUGAUUGUUGACGGUGUGGACGUUAAUAAUGUUACUCUUAUAGGAAGGGUGUGCAACAAAGCCGAACGAGUUACUGAUGUUACUUUUGUGCUUGAUGAUGGUACUGGGAAGAUUGAGUGUAAUAAAUGGUUUCAUGAAGCUGCUGAUACAAAUGAAGCAGAGGCUAUCUUGGAAGGAAUGUAUGCGAGGCUCCAUGGACACUUGAAAAACUUCCAGGGUAAAAGGACCUUAAAUAUUUUCCAUUUCAGGCCUGUGACUGACUUUAACGAGGUUGCGAGUCAUUUCAUAGAUUGCAUACAUGUGCAUCUCCACAAUUCCAGGAUUCGGAGUAGUGUCCUUAAUCAGCAACAUGGAAUGAAUUCUACGCCAAUUACUCCCACAAUGGGCUAUCAAGCUCAAGUUUUUCCAUCAACAAAUCACUUCUCCGAUCAACAUGUCAAUGGCCAGAAGAGUGCUGAAAAUAUGAUCUUAGAUUUUCUGCAUCUUCCCGCCAACAGGUCAAGGAAUGAGGGAGUCCAUCGCGAUCAUAUUGCACAGCAUCUUCAAAUUUCUUUAGAGAAGCUCACGCUGGCUAUGAAAAGUCUUAUCGAUGAAGGUGCCGUUUAUGAAACCAUAGGUGAUCACUAUAAAUCAAUCAUCAAUGGUUGAUAUAUUGUUGGACAAUGACAUCAAUUUUGUCAGAGUACGCUUAACUCUGCAUAUGCAUUAUAGAGAUGCAACACACAGGCAAACAGCAGUUCUGCUACAUUUUGAUAAAGUCGUCUUUGUUUCUCACGAAUAUACCGGUAAUAGCUGACAAAUUGAACUUGAUAUAGAACGUAUCUAUUGUGCGAAGUGUUGUUUUUUAUUGACGAAGAUUAACCAGUUUCAAUUGUUAUCGUUACUGUAGUGGCCCGUAGUUGUAAGUAGUGUGAUGCUCUAGAGAAAGGAGCUAAUGGGCUUCAUUGCAAGAUGUUACUGUUAGAAAGUUUUUGUUAAAAUCUGAAUAUGGGUCUACUAUUGGGCCCUUCUUGA